AAAACAUUUAUUACGACGUGUUUGGCAAAGCCUGGGAACGGGUGGGCAAUGCCCACCUUAGAAUCCUGUCUUGCCCAGUGCCCACCAAAAAUCAGUCGAUAUACUGACGUGUCCAACAUCGAUUUGCAGCUGGACUACUGUCUUGCUACUGUCCCCCUACUUUGUAAAGUAGCCUUGUAGCUCCUUGAAUCAUUAAAGUUACCAAGUUCUCUCGAUAUACACAUUUCUUUUACUUUGAGAGCAUUGAGUGUCGUUGUUUAAACAACGUUACCGUUAUUUUGAAACAGAUUUUUUUAUCUGUGCAUGUAAACACUCCUUGCCCCCUCCCCUUCUCGUUCCUGAAAACCAAAACAAAAAAAAGACCACAACAAAAAAUUGGUUAGAUUGUUAAUCUAUUUUAAACGAAAGAAACGCUUUAUAAAGGUUCAAUUAAUACUAUUUGUGUGUGAAAAUAAUGGCUUCAGUUGUGAAUCGUCAAAUAUCCAGUUAUUGUGAUGAGUGAAACAGACGACACCGAUGUACUUUUGCUGAUACCUCCAAAUUUCUUCCUCGUAAACAGUUCCGGCUCGGAAGAUUCGCUUCUGGAGUCGUCGAGGACCGUCGUACACAAACCGGUUUCUUGUACCGCACAGGUACUCGGCAAAUUGGUCAAUCAAGUGCAUUCACUCGAGUCGAGGUUAGAAAGCUUGGAGUUUAAUUCCACUACUGACACUGCGUCUACGGUAGGCCCACUCUCAAGAAAUAAACGGUGGGACACAACAACAGACAGUCUCGACAGCCACAGUCUCGACACCAAAUAUUAUACGUUCCCUCGCAGGCGCAAGAAAAGAAGCGUACGAAAAGAAAAGAAACGUGAUUUAUCACUCACCAGCUUAGAAUCAUCCAGUGCCCGCAGUAAAACUGUCCCUUCCCUCAAAUUAAAAGACGAUAUCCACCUUUCAUCAGAUAAGUAUCGCGAUAUAAAUGACGCAAGAAGUAUGGAUGGAGAUUUGAGCAGUAUAAUAUCAACACCUAGUAAGAAGAAUGAUAAACUGUUACUCCAUGAAAUCGACGAAUUCCUGACUAAAGUAGAGUCAUACGAAAGUCCUGAAACAAAAUACAAAGAUCAAGGAACAAGUUUAAGCCCAGAAAAUGUUAUAAAAGCAACUGGAGACUACAUAACUCAUAAAUUGGACUCGAAAAGUUCAGAAGAUGUCAGAUUGCCCAGUGGGAGGAUAGUGUCUAGUAACAUUCUUGAUAAGUAUAUUUAUUUGGUAAAAAACCAGCCCACAACUUCAGCACAGACAGAUAAAACUGUUCCUCAUUCAAUAUUGCACAAAACUCCAGAAGAUAUGUCCAAUGUUAGUCGUCCUGAUAACACUUUAAAAGACCCUUAUGUUUCAAAGGCUGAAACCAGAUCUCCCAGUAUAAGAAAGUUGAAUUUCUCUGACAGUAAAGAUGUGCAGCCUACUUCCACACCUAAAAGGGUGCAACCACCCAACACAAACCACUUGGACUCAUUCCGUCCAUCUUCAAACAAGAUAUAUGACCGAGCUACUAAGGUGCUUGAGCAGUAUAAGGCACACAGUCUCAGUCGGCCAGGGCAGAGUUCCGUGACAGACAACAGCUACUUGAUGUCACCAAAGAAGGAUGAGUUUAAGAUGCCUCAAAUGAGACCUUAUGGUUUGGACCACAAGGAAAGUUUAAAGUAUGCUGCAUUGCAGAACAAACUGAUAGACUCAAUUGAUACAGACUUGUUGAGCCUAAGUGAUCUUUGGGUUGAAAAAGCUGAGGGCAGAGUGGACAGAGCAGAUAGUUUGAAGCUGGAAGAAGAAAGACUCAAAAGAGAGCACUGUGAAGUAAUGAUACAGCAACUCCAAAAGAAGAUCCUGGAUCAGCAGGAAAAGUUGGCUGUAGCGUUGAAAGUUGACCGAGCGAAGGACAAUGCUAUCGCCAAACUACGCGAUGCCUGGCACAAGAUCACUGGCAGUCUAGACAAGGCGGAGGAGAGACAUCGUUCCGCUUUGGAGAAGAUGGUCAGAGAAGUAGAGAACUUUAAAAUGGUAGCUGAUGAUGCCCAGAAGAAAACAAAUCACUUUGAGGCUGAACUAUACAAAGCAUUAGACCUGGCACACGACUACCAAAACAAAUGCAAGCAGAUGACACAAGAAAAGAAACUUCUCGAAGAUAAUUUGGAGACAAUGGCUGCCAGUCAUAAGGAGAUUGUAAGCCGUAAAGACAAGGAGAUUGAACUGCUAAAAGAAAAUUACGACACAGUGAUGAAGCUAAACAAGCAGUCUACGGACUGUGUUAAGAAUUUAGAGGACACUUUGGAAAGGGAAAAGACUGAACACGAAUUGACCAAGAGCAAAGUAAACGACUUAGGCCGUCGAAUCCAGUCGUUCAAUGAAGAGUCUUCCCUGGUGAUGCAAGAGCGAGACCUGCUGAAAGAUAAGAUAAACGAGGAGCGAGCAAGAGCGAACAUACUGGAGCGACAGCUGUGCGAUAAACAGAAUCAAAGCAGUGAGCUGUUGAAGAAAUGUGACACCCUAGACAACGAAGUGAAAAUGCUCCGCAAGCAUCUAGAGCUACAAAAGAACGAGCUAAAGCUGCACUACCAGAAGCAGCUAGAAGACGCUGUGUUGGGCAAACUGCAGGAGUUCCAGCUGCAAUUGGAAUGCGCUGAGAGAGAUUUGGAGCAAGCUGCCAGGGAGAAAGAGGCGAGCAUUGUGGAUGGAUUCAACAAGCAGAUCACCAGGAUUGAGGAGCAGCAUAAACUUGAAGUAAAUGUUUUGGAAGAAAAGCAAAGAGAAGAAAUAAAUCUUUACAGACUGCAACUCGCGCAGGCUAGCGAGAAAAUAGGUCUUCUUGAGAGCAAGCUAGAGACGUACCGGCGCCGGCGCGGUCAGAUCGCGGCUCAGUUGCACGGCGUGAUGGAGGCUCAGUGGCGGCAGGCGCUGCUCGUGCUGACCGGACACAGCCACCACGCUUCGGAGCUCGAGCUCGCGCGCCCGGACAGCGUGUCGUGCGCAGCGGCGCAAGACUACGCGCCGCCCAAGCUGCCGCCGCCGGCGCCGCCCGCCGCGCGCGCCGCCCGCCCGGAAAGAUGCUUCAACUUUGAAGGGUUGAGCGAUAAUGAACUGCAGCAGUAUGUUAAACUGCUUCUAACCAAGCCUCCGAAUCUGGACGGCAGCGGCGACUGCGGUCGCGACAACGAAGAACCAACCAGCGACCGGCCGGACCGCGCUGAGCGUAAGGACCGGCCUAAAAGGAGCCUCGGCAACAAACCACCAUGGAAGGCAUAGUCUAGAAGGCCUAGCAACGCCCCAGAAGACUUAGCGACGUCACAGAAGGCUUA